GUUGUAUUGAUAUACUAAUGUUUUAUAUUUUGCAUAACAAGCAUCCACUUUUGAAUUGAAAGUUAGUUUACGCGGUAAACUGGGGGUGGGUAAAACCGGUGAAAUACAAUAAGAACCGAGCAGUGAAUAUAAAAAAUAUUCUCAUGCCAAAAAUCACUGCAUCAUGUUUGUCGAUAACUUAGAAAGAGGAUUUUAUCGUUUAAUAAAAAAUGACAGAUGCCUACUGUUGGUUAAUUUUGAUGUUGAUGCUAUUUGUGCCUGUAGAAUUUUACAACAAUUACUUAAAAAUGAUAAUAUGAUAUAUACACUUGUACCUGUUCAAGGUAUUCAAGAUAUGGUUCAUGCUUUUGAAGAAAAUUGUGAAGAUAUAAAAAAUGUUAUUUUUAUAAAUUGUGGAGGUACAUUAGACUUGGUGGAUUUAUUACAACCUGUAGAAUCUGUGAUAUUUUAUGUUCUUGAUAGCCAUAGGCCUUAUGAUUUAUGUAAUGUAUAUUCAGAAGAUCAAGUACGCAUACUUGGUAAAAUUGAUGAAGAUGAUGAAAUUCCAGAAUAUAAUGAUAUUUUCAAAGAUGAUUCAUCUGAUGAAAGUGAAACAAAUGAAGAAUUAGACAAUGAUGAAUCUCAAAGAAAAAGACGAAGGUUAAAUGAAGAAGAUAUUAUUAAAAGAGCUGGACGAAGAGAGUGGUCUGAGAAAAGAGCAACUAUUUUAUUUAAUUACACGCAAUAUAGUUACUAUGGCAAAUCAAGUGCAAUGCUUAUGUAUGAAAUGGCAUGGAGUAUGUCAAAAGAUAAUCUAGAUAUGAUUUGGUGGGCUAUAGUUGGUUGUACAGAACGAACUAUUCUUGAUAAAAUAGAAUCAAGAUUAAGUAUACUCGAAGAAGGUUUUCUUCAAGCCCAUGUAUCUAGAUUAUCUCAUAAACAAGGAACUGAAGAUGAUAAACCACAGCAGCAAAGUGCAGUAAAAAUUACUUAUGAUAAAGAUCUUUUACUUGUAUUAUAUCGACAUUGGACUGUAGAAGCUAGUUUAAGACAUACAGUACCAACUGCAGUGUCAUUACGACUUUGGUCUCUUAGAGGAGAACAACGGUUAAAGGAAUUAUUAGCAGAAAUGGGUUUACCCUUAGCACAAUCAAAGCAACGAUUUUCUGCAAUGGAUCUUGCACUUAGACAAGAAUUGAGACAAAUGGUUGAAAAAUUAGCAGGAAAAUAUAAACUAGAUACUGUAAUUGGGACAAGUUUUACUCUUCAAUAUGGUUAUAAAUUUAAAUAUUGUGCUUCAGAUAUAGUUUAUGCUAUGCUUGCUUUAAUGGAAUCUUCUUCAAAGGAAAAGUUACCACAACGCUGUUUUUUAGAUGCGUCGGAUUGUUUAUCUCGCACAAAAAAAGAUAUUUUAGAAAACGGCGUAGAAAAAGCAAAGCUUAUGCUUAUUAGUAUUUUUAAGACUGCACAGGCAAUUUUACAAAUGAAGCAAAUUAAAAGUGCUGGUUCAUUUCUUUACAUAAUUAUUUCAGACGGAACUGCUGACAGUCUUGUAUUUGCGCAUCCAUACUCAUUGAUGAUGUUGGCUCAGUUUACCUUAAAGGCUUAUGUAGAUUCUUCGAAAAAUAGACGCGCAUCAGAAUGGCCACUUGUAGCUUCUUCAAUAUAUAAUGCAGAAGAGCGUCUAUGUUUUAUGGUUGGUAUACCUCCAGUGUGUGAAGAUCAACCAAGAAGUUUAUUUGGAAGAGCUUUUGAACAAGCAGCUAAAAAUACAAAUUGUUAUAUAGAAGCAGAUUAUUUUGAUACAACAAUAAUAAGACUGAAAAUUGAAGAAAGACCAAAAUUUUUGGAUGCUCUGGCAGCACUUCUAGCUUAAAAUUUUAAUGAUUUAUUUGACAUAUGAAAAUUUUUUGAAAAUCUUUUGAAAAAAGAAUUUUCUUAUUAUUUAUUUUUUAGAAAAAUAGUACAAAAUAAUGAUAAUGAAAUCUUUUUAAAAAAUACGACGAUGGGAUCAAUUAAAUAUGUUUUAUUUUUUAUGACAUUUUUUGUGACAUAUUGUAACUAAUGAAUAUAAAUUAGUAAUAUUUCUUUUAUAACUAGUGACAAAUUUAGCUUUAAUCAUAUUGUAGAUACGUGUACAAAACAAAAUUAAUGCUAUAUGUAUUGUGAAAUUUUCAUUU